AACCCCCUUCUAUUCAACUAUUUUGUUUACAUAUUCAAUCUCGCCUUUUAAAUUACUAAUGUAAUUUUAUAAUUUACUCACUCUAGAUUGUAGUGUACUUUAUAACCAUGUUUUCCUACCGUUUACCAAAUGGUGGUCUACAUACAAAAACCUAUAUUACUACCGAUGGACAAAUAAAAUUCGAUCCACCUGCUUAUGAGCAGAGAUAUACAACAGCUGUGCGCAUCAUAGAGGAUGAGUGCUGGAAACAGAGUCUGAAAAAGGUCGUUGACUUUGGUUGUGCUGAGGUGCGUUUAUUGCAACUAAUUAGGCGCAUACCAUUUGUGGAGCAUAUUUUGGAGGUUGAUAUAGAUGAACAACUUUUGAAAACCUAUCAGCAAAGGGCAGUUCCCCUUAUAUCAGAUCAUUUACAAAAACGAGAAAAUCCAUUGCGUGUGGAAAUUUUGGCCGGCAGUGUUAUCGAUGCCGUGGAGCAGUUAUAUGAUGUCGAUGUUGUUAUAGCAUUGGAGUUAAUAGAACAUUUACACACCGAGGUGCUGGAGAAGGUACCUGAGAAUAUAUUUGGCUUUAUACAACCCAAACUGGCUAUAUUUUCCACACCAAAUUGUGAAUUUAAUGUGCUAUUCGAUGGGUUACUUGAAAACGGCUUUAGACAUCACGACCACAAAUUCGAAUGGACUAGGGACGAGUUCAAAAGUUGGUGCAAUAACAUAUGUGAAAAAUAUCCCAAUUAUUCCGUUUCAUUUAUGGGUGUCGGCAAACCACCUUCGGAUAAACGCAGGCUGGGCUAUUCAACGCAGAUGGCUAUAUUCGCUAGAAACGACAUGAUUAACAGACCAUUGCGAAAUGAAAUAAUAAAACAUCCACCAGUGAAUGCUGACGCAAGUUAUAAGACAAUAUAUGCCGUAGAUUUCCCAUACAAAAAAGAUGAACGCUCAAAGGAACAAAAAAUUCUACACGAAGCCAACUACUAUAUAAGCCAUUCGAGAUAUGUUCCACGCUUUUACAACAGAGAGCGAUGCAUCUAUCAACUGCCAUGGAAACAUAUCUUGGAGUACGCGACAAGUGUAGGUGCAACCGAAAAUGAAAUGAUGGACAUUUUGAGAACCAACAAAAUCAAAGUGGAGGGUGAUUUUAUAAUUUUACCCGAGUACGAUGAGGAUGAUUGUGAGGAGGGCAAUGCAUACGAUAUGCCAGACUUCAAUUUGGAUGCAGCUACUCGAAGUGAUGAUGAAUUAUCGCAAUUGGCGUCUGGAUUUCAGCUCAACACUAGCAAUAAUAGUUAUGAGUCAGAAGAAAACUGGGACUAGUUUUAUUCCUUCAUUUCAUUAGAUGUAGAAAGGUUCAAAGUUGAACUACAUUUUGAAUUCCUUAUUUAUUUGCUUGAUGUGUAUUUUCUAUUAUAGAGAACUCAGUUUAGUUUUUAAUUUUUAUUUUCCAUUUAUACUAAUUAGCCGAUAAUAAUUCCAUGCUCAUUUAAUGCACAAAUAUGUACAUAUAUGCUAAACUAAUGCAUUAAUUAAUUUUAUGAAAACCAUACAUACGAGGGUUGCUUUUUAUAUUUCGGGAUUGGACAACCCUUGUGUUGUAAUCUGCCAACUGACAGCUCUAUUGUAAAGCUUGACAUUUUUGAGGUUAUAUGUACUCAGAACGUUUUGACAUACGAGCGCUAAUUGUGUGGUUUACAGUAACUUAAAAAAUUCAUCUUGCCCAAAAAAAGGAAUUAAAUCGUUAAAAUUUUCGUGCGAUUAUUUUUUAAAACAUUCGACGAGGAUUAACUCAACAACAGUAAAUCGAUGAACUUAAUUCAAUUUUUGGCGAUGAAGCUCCAUCAAAGACCAGUGUUUAUCGAUGGUAUGGUGAAUUCAACCGAGGUCGUAGUUCACACCAAGAAGAAUUUCGUGAUGUUCCAAAAACGAUUGAAGCUGUGCGUCAACUGAUAUUGCAAGAUCGUCAUGUGACUUAUGGUGAGAUUGAGACUACCUUAGGCAUUAGUAGGACCAGCAUACAUUCAACAUUGAAUGAACAUUUGACCGUUAAAAAAAUCGCUCAAUCGCUCAAAAAAAGGCUCAUGUUGAUUGGUCGAAGGAAAAUCACCAAAAAUACGAUCGCGGUGCUUCGAAACACGUCUAUGACAUCGUGACAGGAUUUAGGCGUAUUAGCCCAAAAGUAAACAGCUGUCGACUGUAUGGGUGUUUCAAGAUGAGCCAAAUCCAACAAAAGUUGUUUGUGCAUGAAGCACUUCCAAGCAAAUGAUCGCCUGUUUUUUUCGGAAAAACUGGACAUGUCGCAAUCGUAUCACUAGAACAACACAGAACAGUCACUUCUGAGUGGUACACAACCAUUUAUUUGCCAGUUGGCUUCCAUAAAAUCAGGAAAACCAACCGCCGAAAACGAAUCACUCUUCCAAGAAAUCGGGACAUAUAUAUCGGCUCAACUCUUGAUGAGUCAUCCACCGUAUAGUCCUUACUUGGCACUGAAUGACUUCUUUUUAUUCCCGUACGUAAAAAAUAAAAUGAGAGGUCUAAGUUUUUCGACACCUGGGUUGGGGUUGGGUUUCGAAGGGGUUGAUGCGUUCGGAAUGCAUGUUUUUGGGAUACCUCAAUAAGAGUGGCAAAAGUGCUUCAACAAUUGGUUCAAACGCAUGCCAAAAUGUGUAGAUCUUAAUGGGGAAUAUUUUGAAAAAGAAUAAAGCGAUUUUCGAUGUUUAAUCCCGAAAUAUAGAAGGCACCCCUCGUAAUAAGAAAUCAUUUUUUAGUUUCUAUAAACCUUCGCACAAGGUUUUGCUUCAUAGCGAACGAAUCGCCAGACAAAUAUGAUUCCUAUUAGUGAUAUAAUAAAAAUAGCUUGAUUGGCCUAUUGUCAACAAGAGGUUCAUGAAUAAAAAAUAUAAUAAUCAUAAAGAUUUGUUUAGUCACCAUCAAAA